AUGACUAUCAAGAAUUCUUUGAUGAUCGAUCGGUUCAAGACUUUGCUAUUGAAUGAAAAAUGCAUAAUGGACACAUACAUUCUUGUUCAACUAUGUCAAUCGAAGGAUUAUUUGAUAUUAAUCGUGAUUUCCUCCUCCUUCCUUGAUCCCCAAUUCUACUCUCUAAGCAUCUCAGAUAUGUCCAACAAUGUUGUUGGGCUAUCGACUAUUGACUCGACAAUGGUAUCUCAACCACUGAACCAGAAGCAGCAAGUUGGUGGCCAGAACAGUCGCAUAUUACAUAGCCUUGAGAGCCAUAUGGGUGGGGGAAUCAGGUCUAGUUUACAACAAAAAGCUUAUGGCUUUUCAAAUGGCUCAAUAAACAACGGAUUAGGAAUGAUGCCCAAGAAUUCACCUAUGAUGAAUGCUUUAGGAACCUCAGAAAGCUAUGUGACACCUUCUCAUUAUGGAAACAUGAAUGUCCAUCAACAACAGAUGUCACAAGGUGAUGGUUAUGGGAGUAGGACCACUAAUUCUUCUCGAACUGGAAACUUUUAUGUUCCCACAACCUCAAAUACAUCAAUGAUGAAUAAUCAAAGUUCCUCUCAAAGGUCCUGCAUCAGUGCAUUUUUUGCAAGUCAAAAGAAUGCAAAGAGUGGCAUAAAAUAUUAA